UUUUCAAAAUUCAUAUUAUACAAACUUGGUAUAAAACUUAUAAAUAACAUAAUCAAUGAUCUAUUAUACACGAAUCUAUCAUUGCCAAAUAUAGAUUACAAGACAAUACGCUUAAAUAGCUAUCAUGUAGAACCACUCGAUAUCAAAAAAACGCAACCUACGAUGAAUACGAUGGACAUAAUACAGGAAUACGAGAGACGUUGCCUCUUUAUGCAUCAACGAUUGCGCACAGAUCCACGAGUUAAUCCUAAAUUGCGCAGUUUUGUGCAGUCUUUUAAGCUUAAUCGAGAGGCUUUUAUACGUCACAUAAUGUUGCAUUGCUACGAGAAGGAGUACAUAAUACUUGCAAACGAAUUGACAUUCAUGUUCUGGAAUAAAUUUGGUUGGGUCGACGAGAUGAUGGCAUACGAAAACAUAAUACGUAUCACUGCUGAUGUAUCGCAAGUCGCUUUGAUGUAUUUAGAUACAUUUCCCAAGCACACUUUUAUAAUGCUGCUAUACGCAAUCGUAAAGUUUUCUAAAAAUGUUAUAAAGAACAUGACAAGCGACAAACACAAAACGAUUUGCUAUAACCUGCUGAGGACUCUAUCUUCUAUAAAUACUGUUGUCAGUGAAACGUACUAUGGAAAAAUGUACGAUCUUUGGCUUAAGCGUAUUCACAAUAUAGAUUCACAUUUGGAAGCAGAAAUAUAUUUUGAUGAGAUUCACAAAUGGAUGUAUAGCAUUUUUGAAUACAAAUUUGAGACAAUGCCUCUUGUACACAAAAAAUGUAAUUGUAAUGAAAAUUUCUACUGUAAAUAUCACGCUUUAUUAAUUAAAAAAGAAAUUACAACAAAGUACAAUGCGUAUAUAUUCGUAUGCGAAUGCAUCAAGUUACACAGUAAUACAAAUAUUCAAUAUGCCGAGCGAUUACUGCAGAAUUUAUGCCUGGAAAAGUAGGUUAGUUAUUCUUUUGUUAUACGAUUAUGUUUGUUAAAGCAUGGAAAAGUUAUUUGCAUUCUCUUUCAGGACAGAGUAGAAUUUUAUUAUUU